GAUCGAGUUACACCAUUUGCCGUGCAUUAGUUUGUUUUCUCCGCGCUCAGCGUACCGAGAGAGACUUUAAGCUUGACUUGGAGUUGUUGCGAUCCCAAAUAGCGCAUCGAAAAUCGGGAAUUCAGAGUUGAAUUUCGAGCGCAAAUGCGUCACGAGCGCAUGAACCUGUGAAGAUGAUAAAGAAGAAAAUAAGAGAGGAACGAAGAGAUCUCCAAAACAUCAGAAGUGCUCCUGGUGCCGAGCAAAAAUAGAAGUGGAGCUAUUUUUAUUCACCCUGUUGCCUGUUCACACUGAAGCGGAUCGUCGCUGCUUUUAAGUGAAGUGAGGCGCGCGCUUAAAGUUCUUCAUUUUGAGGACGCGAGCUCUUAAAGUGGGUUACUUAUUAGUUGGUUUGUGUUGGUUUGGACAAGUGAAUGACUGGGGGAUGGUAGUAGUAGUGGAGGAGAGGGAGGGUCUUGGUGCUAUUUGAUCGGUGAGCUUUUGAAGAUCACAAAGCUUUAUCCCAAGGACGAGCUGGACGAGCCCGACGGGCUCUCGGGAUUGUUUUGCGUGCGUCGGAUCAAACAAACACAUGGGGAUCUUCUGGGUUUAUGGACCGAGCUGCAGACAUGCUUUCUGAUCUGCAUUGGAUUUAAUAAACGUGAAUAUCUUGGAAUAUAACGCGAGGCUCGGGAGUAUCGUAGUCUACAUGCUCGUUUGGAAAACACUCAGGUAACAUCUACAUUAGUGCAGUACAGAAGGUUUGUGCCCUCUGUGCCAGCAAUGGGGUGGCGAGAACUGACAAUUGACCUGCUGCUACUGCUGAUGGUGGCGUCCCAAAUGGAGGCCGUGAGCUUUCCGGAGGAUAACGUCCCGCUGAACAUUGUGGAUAGACACUAUGCACAACAGUACCCGGUGUUUCGCGGACGCCCAUCCGGAAACGAAUCUCAGCACAGAUUGGACUUUCAGCUGAUGACCCAGAUACACGAUACGCUGUUCAUCGCGGGCAGGGACCAGGUUUAUUUAGUGAGCCUGAGAGAAUCCUACAGGAACGAGAUUAUCCCGUACAGGAAGCUGACAUGGCGGUCAGGCCAAGCCGACAGGGAGACGUGCGCCAUGAAGGGAAAACACAGAGACGAGUGCCAUAAUUUCAUUAAAGUCCUGGUUCCAAGAAAUGACGAUCUGGUGUUCAUCUGUGGGACAAAUGGCUUUAACCCCAUGUGCCGGUACUAUAGGUUGGACAACCUGGAGUUUGAUGGGGAGGAGAUCAGCGGGUUGGCCCGAUGCCCGUUCGACGCCAAGCAGACGAACGUGGCGCUGUUUGCCGAUGGCAAGCUGUAUUCGGCUACCGUUGCUGACUUCCUGGCAAGCGACGCCGUCAUUUAUCGUAGCAUGGGAGACGGUUCCGCCCUCCGCACCAUUAAAUAUGACUCGAAGUGGUUAAAAGAGCCGCAUUUCCUGCACGCUGUGGAUUACGGGGAUUACGUCUACUUCUUCUUCAGGGAAAUCGCAGCUGAACACAACAACUUGGGAAAGGCGGUUUAUUCCAGAGUGGCUCGGAUCUGUAAAAACGACAUGGGAGGGUCUCAACGGGUGCUGGAAAAACACUGGACGACUUUUGUCAAGGCCCGUCUGAACUGUUCCGUUCCCGGAGAAUCCUUUUUCUACUUCGACGUCCUCCAGGCCAUUACAGACAUCAUCGACAUCAACGGAGUGCCUUCGGUGGUUGGAGUUUUUACCACCCAGCUGAACAGUAUCCCAGGCUCAGCUGUGUGCGCGUUUUCGAUGGCUGACAUCGAGAGCGUCUUCCGCGGCCGAUUCAAGGAGCAAAAGACGACCGAUUCGGUCUGGACUCCUUUUCCUGAGGAGAAGCUGCCAAAACCCAGACCCGGCUGCUGUGCGGGACACGGUUCAGCAGAGUCGUUCAAAAGCUCCAUCGAGUUUCCAGACGAGACCCUUCAGUUCAUCAAGUCACACCCACUCAUGGACGCCUCUGUCCCCUCCAUCGGAGACGAACCGUGGUUCACCAAAACAAGAGUCAGGUACAGACUGACGGCACUUGCUGUAGACAACACAGCAGGACCCCAUAAGAACCACACGGUAGUUUUCAUUGGCUCAGAAGCUGGCAUCGUGCUCAAAGUUCUGGCCAAAACGUCCCCUCUUUCUUUGAAUGACAGCGUCCUGCUAGAGGAGAUUGAUGUCUUCAACCAAGCCAAGUGUUUAUCCAACAACGAGGACGACCGGAGAAUUCUGUCUUUCCACCUGGAUAAAGACACUCACACGCUUUAUGUGGCCUUUUCCAGCUGUGUGGUCAGGAUACCACUGAGUCGCUGCGAGCGGCACACUUCAUGUCAAAAGUCUUGCAUUGCUUCCAGAGAUCCAUACUGCGGGUGGAUGUCUAAAGGAGCUUGUGAGCGCAUCCCUGCAUCUAUGCAAAGUGGGUACGAACAAGAUGUUGAAUACGGCAACACUGUACACCUCGGCGACUGUCAUGAAUUUUUGGCCACUACAUCAGCGCCAGAUUUCAAAUCAUAUGGCGACCCAACCUCUGACCUGGAGUUGCCAUCUUCGUCAGUCAGUGUGCCCGUGAACUCUGAACUCAUACAAUCACCCCAAACCAACCUCACUCAGACUACCCAACACUUUGGCUCACGGAAAUUUGUGCUCCACGAUGACCCAGCCACUUCACAUUCUGUUGAGCCUUUCCCAGGUGUGCUGGAGGGUGUGUGGGAAGUUCAAGCAGGUGAAUCUAACCAGAUGGUACACAUGAAUAUCCUCAUUACCUGCGUGUUUGGUGCAUUCCUGCUGGGUGCAUCCAUCGCCGGUAUGGUUGUUUACUGCUACAGGGAUGCCUUCCUGCGUGCGCCACGCAAGAUGCAGAAAGAUGCUGAGUCUGCCCAGUCUUGCACUGACUCCACUGGAAGCUUUGCUAAGCUUAAUGGCUUGUUUGACAGUCCUGUCAAAGAGUACCAACCCAAUAUGGAUUCUCCCAAACUCUACACCAACCUGCUGGGCAAUGGCAGGGAAAUGCCAACCACUGCAGACACCAAGACAAUGCUCCUGAGUGCACAGCCGCCGGAACUAGCAGCAUUACCUACACCCGAGUCCACACCUGUGUUGCAACAAAAGAACCUUCCGCCAAUAAAGAACCAGUGGGAGAGAGCUCACGGAAAGCCAAGUGGCUGUCGCAAAGAUGUGCCACCCAAAAGCCCACAAUACUUCCCCUCCAGUCCACCUCCCCAUUGUGCUAUUGGCAGCACCCACAUUCCCAGUGCUGUCGUACUGCCGAAUGCAACACAUGAGCAUAGAGGCUCUUUCAGUAUCCCUGAAGGGACUCGAGCUGAGAAAAAGAUCCAGAGUAGCGAUCAACAUGGGUCCAAAUCAGGCCGCAAGGACCAGCGGCGUACCGUUGAUGCCAGGAACACUUUAAACGACAUCUUGAAGCACCUCAAUGAGGGGAACCCCCAGGCCAUUAUGGUGGAAGUGCCCAAGUCCCAUCAGCACCUGAUGUUGGAACCCAUUGUGAGCCCAACAGAAAUUCCACCCAAAGUUCCAAGCCGAGAGGCCUCGCUGUACUCUCCCUCUUCUUCUCUACCCAGAAAUAGUCCAACCAAGAGACUGGAUGUGCCGUCUACACCGACGUCUCCCACGGGUCAGAUGGGAACUCUUGAGAGACAGCGGUACCAUCGCAGCUCUUCCCAACGACACUCUAUAUCUUCUCCGCACUCACCAAGUGGGGCCAUUGUGUCCCGACAACCCAGCCUGAAUAGAGGUGGGUACAUGCCUCAAACCCCUACCCCACCCACCAGACAAGACUCUCACGGGGUUCCAAUGGCUAUGACGCCAACUGUAUCCCGGCAAAACAGCUACAGUGGAUAUGGAUCUUUACCCCGAACGUCCAUUAAACGGACAGCGUCGUUAAAGCCUGACGUGCCCCCAAAACCCAACGGCUUUGCGCCGCAGACUGCACAAAUGAGGCCAGUGAACAAAUAUAGCUACUGAGGUGCUCAGUGAAAUUUUACUCCAUGAAUGGACAGUGGGAGUAAAAGGCUUUGGCCUGCAGAGAUAUGGCACGACUGUCUAGAUUUCCUUCAAAGGGAAAGAAUCAAUGGCCAGAGUUUCUGCUUCAAGUAGUUCGGUUCAUUUUUAAUGACAUUGUCCCGUUACACUUGAGUGGCAAGUGAUGGAUUCUGAUCUUAAAGGCGGCAGGGACGCCUAAGGUCAUAAGUCACAGCCGACAUGCAGCGCAAAGCAGCUGCCUAGUUUCUGUGGCGAUCGAGCAGCGAAUGCUCCGCCAUGCACUGUUCUCCCAGUAAAUGUGAAGGGUGAAAUCACAGGAAACAUGGCUGUAUCUGUCAGACUGUUUGGAAAUAUAAUAUUCUUGCAAGGAUGUUUCUUCGAAAGACAGAUUGUAUGAAUGUGAUGUAUCGCGUGCUGUGUGUCUGUGUUUGAUUAGUCUUUGGGGCUAACCAGUGUGCAUUGUCCAUGUUUGUUCAGUAAACUGAGAACAAGCUUGAGUCAUACAACUAAACCCCAUGUAAGGGUACAUUAACAUCAGAUGUUAAUUUAUCAUUUCUGCGUGCAAAAGAAAUGUCCAGGGCUGCUACCUGGACAACUGAAUUUAAAACUCAUAAGGGGAAAGGUGCCCUCAACAUUUGUGCUGCUAAGUGUAGACGAAAUGACGAUGUUUAACUGACUCCAGCUUGACGAUCCAUGCAGCAGUUUGGGAGGUCAAGCAGUGUCAAGCUUUUAAACCCGUGGGCUCAGCACAGGAUCACGCCGGUCAAAUGUAGAGUGUUCUGUUUGGUCAUUUUCGGACCCAGAGAAACAGAGCAAAUCCUCUGAUCUCAUAAAGUCAUCUUUCAGCUAUGACAUAAGGCAGAAUAUUGAUCAACCUCUCUCCUUUCAACAUGACAAGCCUUGCUGUUGGGUCCAUGAUGUUCUGUCUCUAAUAUUUUUAUGCAAAUUCAUAAAGAUUCUUGCAGCUUACACCAUUUCAUUUCACCACACCAGUUUGUUUUGGGGAAAGUAUUAUAUAAAAAGUUCCCCAAAUUCUUUACUGUAAACAUGUCCUUGGAGUAAAACCCGAACCUCAUGUAUAAUCAGUUUACAAACCUUAUCCAAGAAUUGCGCUCCACUGUGAUGGUCUAUAUGCUUGUUUUAAUGAAUAAAGGCCUCAAUUCUGUCUAGAAACAUAAACAGUAAUUGUACUAAUAAUCACUGCAGUACCUACCAGUGUAUCUUGCCGAAUUGUGCCAGUGAACAUUCUUGAAAAUACCCUCACUUUGAUGUGUAUUUACAAGUCAAGUUUAGCCAGAUCAGUGUAUUUGUGUGCCUUAUUAAAGCCAUGAGCGUUUGGUUUUGGACAUUUCAUUACAACUAUUAAACAAAUGAUUUUUGAGCAAGGAUGCAACCAAAUAUUUUAUAUAAGGAUGACCAAAGUUAAAAAAUCUAAGACUGUGUCAUGUAAAAACUCACAUGGAUUGACACCUAAUCUGAAUAUUUGGGCGAUCAUAUGACCCUUACGAUAGUGUUGUUUUUAGAGAAGUGUAAGUUUUAGAGAGGGAAUUAAAUUGAAACAAAAGUUAUGAUAAUUACGUUGCUGUAUUGCCAUUAUGCGUAUGCGUUUUUGGAAGGUGCUAAUUUGCGAUAAUGGGAUGCCAUGUAAUGAAUGUAUUAUGCUUCUAAAAUUUACACCAGCUGAUUCUCAGCUCACAUUAUUCCUGAACAUUUCACGGGAGUCAAAUUAAGAUGAUUUUAGAGAGGAUCAUCUACGAUUAGAGUCUCGCCGUUUGUUUUACAAUUACUUGGGGAUUUCAGUAUAUUGAGAUGAGAUUUUCCUGUUUAAGCCCAAAGCUCCACAUUUGUUUACAUGUUUUGAUUGUAUUUGAGCGUUUGAGCUGACGCCUUCUAAAGAUCGGUUUUAUUAAAGGAGAGAGAGUUGAUCCUGUUCUUUGGUUCAAGUUGUCCUGUGUUGAGCUGCCUUGUAUAUUGCAAUACGAAUUCAAGUCUUUAACGUUCAGUCAAUACUUUGUGUGCAAAGAAACCAGACUGGUCUACCUUUUAUUUUGAAUACUGUGCAAACGUUGGCAGUCGGACUACAGCUUUUUCUUUUUUUUUCAGAAUAUUUUAAUGUGUAGAUAUUGUAAAGCUGUACUGUGAAAGUGUAAAUAAUUACAAGUCAUUGUUUAAGAAUAUUUUUGUUGACUUUUUUUAACACGGCAUGUAUAGUUGAAAUAAAAUAUUACUGCACAGAUAA